ACAGUCCUUUCUUUAACUGUUUAUGCAACAGUCACCCUGAGGAAUAUUGGUGAACAGUGAGUAAACAGCACAACAAUACAAGAUACAUUUAGGGAACUUAUUUACCGGCGAGAUUAGCGUGUAUCUCUGAUUUGACCAUUUGUCCCUGCAUUCAUGUUUUAAAGCCAGGAACUUCCUUUGUGUGUAAUUGGAGUAUAAGGAUAUGUCUGCAGGUUGUGUGAGGUGGAUGCUGAGCCAUACAGUGAGAUAUGUGUGUAAUGGUAGCAGCUGUGGCUACAGGACACUAGCAUCAAGAUUCACCAUAUGCAGUGAAAGAUCCAACGUCAUUGCUUCCUCCUGGAGAUGGUCUCCAUUCUCCACUGCUGGAGACGACACAGAACAGACUGCCGCUCGAAACAAAAAAAAGCAAGAUCCCCGAGGACAUGCCACAAUCAGCGCAGUUGGCCGUAAGAUCCCACAGCGUGAGAUCCAGGUGAUAAGUGAGACAGGCGAGAACCUGGGCACCAUGCACCGCGCAGAUGUGAUCCGAAUUAUGGACGAGCAGGGUCUGAAAUUGGUGCUGCUCAGUGAACGCAAAGAUCCUCCCGUCUACCGGCUGAUGAGCGGCAAACAGAUCCAUGAAGAGCAGUUGAAACUACGGGAGAAGCAGAAAGCAAAAGCAGCCCCCGUGCAGGUGAAGGAGCUCACCUUUUCAUCCGGCAUCGCAGCUCAUGAUCUCUCAACCAAGAUGAAACAAGUGGAGAGCUGGCUGGAGAAGAAGAACCAUGUUAGAAUUACUUUGCGAUCAGGACGCGGCGGACCUGCAGUCAACCUGGACACAACUCUGGAGCAGAUAGUGCAACAAAUGGAGGUGAUGGUGGGAUUUGUUUCUAAGCCAAAAGUCAUACGGGACGGUCAAGCAGCCAUGUGCAUCCUCCGACCACCUUCAGCAAAGGAACUGUCUCAAAAAGGGAAGAACAUGGCUGCAGCUUCGCAGUCUGAUGACUCAAGUUCGAAUGCCACCGAGAGCAAAACAUCCAUCCCUCCUGUUAGCAACUCGGACACAACCGAAGGGUCUAUACAGCCGUGAUCCGAUGGAAAUAAAACAUUCUCAUGAAAACUAAUUUAAGUCUGUUGCUAAAAUCUCACAUUUUGGUGUAAAAUACCUCAUCAGACUCCACUCGUGGUGUAUUGUGUGCAUGUGCAGAGUGACGUUUUUAAUGAAUGUAUUCACUUCUACUACAUCUGUACUAAAACAUAUCACAGCCAAGAAUCUUGUUACUGGUCAGCUUGUUGUUUCAACGCUCCUUUGCAUAUUCUCCAAAUGUGGACCUCUAGUGGAGGAAAGAGACCAUAUAAAUGGUACAUCAUUUAGAAUAAAGUCAAUGACAUCAUGAUCCAAAAUUAAGGUCCACUGGGCCUUAACAGACUUUUUACAUGUCACACAGCAUGUGAGAAAAUUAACAGAGCUGCGGGGGAGGGUCUGGCUAGUCCACACAGCGUUCUGAGAUGGGAGAAAAAUGUGAUCUGGUUUACUUGCAUUUCUUUAAACCAAUCACAAUUGUCAUGGACCCGACGGAGCCAUGAUGCCGUUGCAAAACAGCUUUGGGAAAUAACUUGUUUUGGUGGAACGUUUACACUCAAAAGUUGUUUUAGUCGUGCUACAGAAAACUCAGGACAGAUAGUCUAGCUAGCUGUCUGGAUUUACCCUGCAGAGAUCCGAGGAGCAGUUAAUCAUAGCCCUCGUAAAUACACCGGAGUUUAGAAACACUAAAAAGGUGGAAGGUGGAUUUCUGGACGGAACGAGGGACUUCAGGUGGGAUUUCCAGCGGCAACGGACCAAUCCCGAAAAUGAAACCUUGUUGAUAGAUGUAACCUGUGUGGACCAGAUGUUUGUAAUUAGAUGAAGUGUCCCUACAUGUGGCAAUGUGAUCAAAUUUUUUAACCCCAAAUGUCUAUUGGAUAUUUUUUGUUUUUUACCCAAAUACAUAUACCUAUGACCCUAGCGGUAAACUAUGAACAGGUUGCACAGGAGAUGGAUUUUUUUUGUCCACCUACUUGUGACCAUUUAAGACCAGCUAAAGGAUGAUGAUGAUGAUGAUAAUGAUGAUCAAGCAUUAAAAGUUGCCAAUCUGGGUGAGCACUUCAGUAAUAUAAGCCAAUCAAUCAAACCGACACCAACUCAUAUCUUUCUCUGCUUUAUUCGAGACUCAUCUUUAUGUUUUUGGUAGAAAAUUAAAAUAAAAGCUAAUUUUGGCAUACAGAUACA